UUGCCAACCAAGUCGUAACCUUAUGGCAGAAAAUUCCUACAUGGUUGCCAACCAAGUCGUAUCUCCCAUGCUAACAGAAUAGUUCUUCACUUCUUCUUUCCCCUCUUGUAUAUUGAGUUUCAAAGCACCCUGGUUGCAGAGACAUGAUGGCGGCGGCUGAGAGCAGUUGCAGUGACUUGAGAUGGUCUCUCAAGGGCGCAACCGCUCUUGUCACCGGUGGCACUCUUGGAAUAGGAUAUGCCAUAGUAGAGGAGCUAGCUGGAAUGGGUGCUGCUGUAUACACCUGUUCACGUACCGAAUCUAAGCUCAACAAUCUGUUGCUUGAUUGGAAUGCUAAGGGCUUUGACGUAAGGGGUUCGGUCUGUGAUGUUUCGGAUAGAGCCCAACGAGAGCAGUUGAUUGAGAAGGUCUCUUCCGGUUUCAAUGGCAAGCUCAACAUCCUUAUAAACAAUGUGGGGACAAACUUCAGUAAGCCAACGAUUGAGUACACUGCUGCAGAUUUUUCAGCACUCAUGGCUACUAAUAUUGAGUCUGGUUACCAUCUAUGCCAACUUGCAUAUCCUCUUUUGAAAGCAUCUGGAGCAGGAAGCAUUGUGUUCAUCUCCUCUGUUGCAGGCGUGGUGAGUACAGGCACUGGGUCCAUUUAUGCAGCAACUAAAGCUGCCAUGAAUCAAAUUACAAAGAGCCUGGCUUGUGAGUGGGCAAAAGACAAUAUCAGGAGCAACUGUGUUGCUCCCUUCUGCACCAGAACGCCUCUCAUUGAGCAGAUGCUGGCAAAGAAAAGCAUGAUGGAAGCGGUGGUCUCUCGAACCCCUUUGGGGCGCCCUGGAGAGCCACAGGAGAUCUCGUCUCUGGCGACAUUCCUUUGCAUGCCUUGUGCUUCAUAUAUCACAGGGCAGGUUAUUUCAGUGGACGGUGGAUUGACUGCAAAUGCUUUUUCUCCCCCGAUAUAUGACUGAGAAAAUCACUCAGCUAAUUGAAGAGCCUAAAAUCUGUUUCUAAUCUUCGUAUUAUCUGUCUGAUGUGUUUUGUUGUUAAGUAACUGUUUGUGGUUUUUCCUAGAUCAGAUGUUUCUUCCUUCAUAGGGGUGCUUAUAAAUUAUAGUUCUCUUGACUAUAACAACGUCUGUACUCUGUAAAAGAGUACAAUAUUGAACAACUUAAGACAUCCCAAAAUGAAUAGCUUCAA